UCCUCAUUUUUGGUUUUGUUUGUCUGUCCCGGCCGGCCGGCGCUCGGCUUCUCCGGGGCUGGUGGCCUUGGGUCCCAAAGCUGGCAGGCGGGGGCAGGCUGGCAGCUGCUAGUCCCUCCCAGAGGAGGGCGAGGCCGGGCGAGACCCGCCUCAGCCGGGGCUCCCAGUUUGGAAAGCGAGGAAGAAGGAAGGGGCUUAGCUAAGGAGUGAGGAGCUAGAAAGGAAAAGGAGCGGAGGUUGUGGCUUUGCGGGGGAGGGCGGAGGAAAGUCGCGGCUCGGCUGCCCUUUUCUGGCCGCUUGGCGCUGCCCCCGCCUCCAGCUCUCUCCCCCACCCCCUGCCCCCCGCUCCGUCCGGGCAGGUGGAGUCUGGCGGAGAAGUUGCGGUUUCUGUUCCGUCUGCUCCGGGCACUGAAUUCCCUCGGGCCCGGCCGAGUCGGACACUUGGGAACGAAGCGGGGAAGGGCCGGGCUGGCGGGCGGGGAGACUAUUGCUCGUCCGAUGGGGGCUCCCGGCUGCUAGAGUUCCCUGGCCCUCUCACUCCCUUCCUCCUGCUCCCAGUGUGUGCCCCAGCUUAGCCGAUGGCUGAAGCCCGACGGCUGGAAGAAGAAGAGGAAGAGCUGCGGGAGCGCAGAGAGCUCGGAGCCUCCAGGAGAGUCCGGGGCCGAGCUCACUCUACUCACUCUGCUGCAGAUCGCAGUGAAAGAAAUAAACCAGAACACCGUUCUUCAAGUCAAGGACCCUUGUCAUCCAUUCGAGCUGUAAUCAAGAGAACUUCUAGGACUUCUGUUCAUGGUGAGCCACAUCGAGACAGGAGGCGCCCUGAGAUCACUAUUGUGGCUGCUGAGCCCCUCAGACCAGCUUCUUGGUUCCCAGGGGCUCCACCAGCACUAGGAUUUCCACCUUCUCCUGCUGCAACUCCAUGGAGAACAAGUGAGCUUAUUCCUUCUGAGCUUCCACCAUCCUAUGAGCAAGUGAUAAAAGAAAUCAACCAAGUCCAAGUCAGUACCGGGAGUAAUAGUAAUGCUCCCACGACACCAAGGAGAACCAUCACAUCUGCAACUCAGACAGACUUCCCAGAGGAGAUAGGCAACUCCCUGUCUGGAAGUAAUGCAAAUAAGCCACCUGCCCCUGGAAAAUCCAAUCCAGCCCUAGCGGUUCAGCCUCCUCCCAAGCCUUUACAGUCAUCUUCAUUGUCCUCGACCAGUAAUCUUUUGAAAGAUGUGCCUCCUUUAAUUGUCUUUGAUGUUGAGGAACAGACUUGCCAAGACAACCUCAAUGUUGGGACAUGUCCUGUGCCCAGACCAAGAUCCAAAAUCAAUCUCAAACCUAUAGUCAGAGAUACUCCAAGCAACCUAAGAGACCAUCAGGAAUCUAGUCAGCCAGCGGUUCCCAGGGAAGCAUCCCCCACUCAGUCCCUGUUCUUGUUAGAUGGGAGCAGCUUAGAAAGUCAAGCCGCGAUAAACAGUAUGAGCACAGAAAGGAACCAAGCUAGUAUUGUGUCACGGAUCAAAGCUUUUGAAUCCCAACCAAAUGCCGAAAACUCAGGAUUAUCUAAGAAACCAGAAAUUGCUCCUCGGACAUUCCCCCCGAGGCCUGCAGGAAAACCUACUGUGGCUCCAAAGCCAUCCAUUAAUAGAGCUUCUGGAGAGUGGGACUCAUGGACCGAAAACAAACUCAAGGUUGCUUCCAAGGAAGGGCCCUCUCCUCCUCUGCACCCUCAAGAAGGGGGAGGCAUCCCAGGAACCAAACCCGAAGUGCCAAAGAAACCAAAGGCUGGCCUUGUACAGAGUAUUACUAAUGGCCCACUGGACAUCCUAGGAAGCAGGUUAUCCAUGGAGAUCCCCGAAAAGGAAAAGAGAAUUCCAACUCCAGCACCCCGGCCUCUACCACCGAAGAAAUUGCCCUCCCUAGAAGACCCUGCCUUUCCUGCCCCGCCACUGAAACCAGUCACUGCUUCUCCGAGGCUUUCUGUAGCAACCCAGGCCAGAGCCUUCAGGUCCCUGGGAGAAGGGCCGACGGGCCCAGCUGCCCCUUCCCCUCAGUGCCCACCGGUGGUGGAAGCCGAUCUCAUCAGUUUCGAUGAUGACGUCCUGCCGGCUCCGUUGGCGAAGCCAGCUGAAGAACACCUGAGUUCGGACAUGGGCCUGGAUCCCUUUCAGCUCCCUACAAAAGCUGAACCACCAAAGGAACGAGUUGUCCAAUCAGCGCCCACACGAAAGCCCACUGUGAUCCGGAUUCCAGCCAAACCAGGGAAAUUGUUGCAAGAUGAUCUGCAGACCCCCCCACCUCUACCAGCUGAAAAGCCUAUUGGGAACGCUUCUGGCACAACUUCUGGAAAACCCAGUAAUGCUGGCAGAACCAGAUGCUUAGAUUCUGAGUCUUCACUUCAAGCAGGAAAUUCUUCUAAAGGACCUGUGCUGCCUCCAAGACCUUUAAAUGGAAAAGUCAUCCCAGCUCGACCUCCUCCGCCAAAAGGGGCCCCUGGGAGGCCACCUCCACCCAAGCUCUCUGGACCCAAGGGAUCUUCUCAGAAACAAGUUUUUGGUCGCUCUUCAUCAGAUGUAGAUCUCCAGAAUAAACAAAGUGCCUUAACAAUGGGAAUCACAAGGGCCAAAAGCCAAAUCUUACGGAAACAAGAACCAGUGUUGCCUCCUCGACCCAAACCAGGACAUCCUCUCUACAAGAAAUACAUGCUGCCUGUGUCUCAUGGAGUUGCCAGUGAAGACACUGUCUCUCAAAACCCUGGAGAGCUCUCUUGUAAGCAUGGAGAAGUGCUGGUGCUGCUGAAUCAAACUGAAGAUAGUUAUUUGCAAUGCCAAAAGGGAGAGGAAAUGGGCAGAGCUCACCUGUCACAGAUGAAGAUUAUCACCCCACUUGAUGAGCAUUUUAAAAGCAGAUCAAAAGAUACAACCAAUGUACAGAAAUCUGUUGAGGGUAAUGUCCCUCAUGCACUUGUGCUACAUGAUUUUCCAGCAGAGCAAGCUGAUGACUUGAACCUCACUUCUGGAGAGACUGUUUAUCUUCUGGAAAAAAUAGACAGUGAUUGGUACCGAGGAAAAUGUAGAAAUCAGACUGGCAUAUUUCCUGCUAACUAUGUCAAAGUAAUUAUUGAUGUGCCCGAAGGAGGUAAAGGGGAAAAAGGAUCCAUUUCAUCCCACUGUGCUAUAGGUCCCAGAUGUGUGGCUCGGUUUGAAUACAUAGGAGACCAAAAGGAUGAGUUGAGUUUCUCAGAAGGAGAAAUGAUUCUCCUUAAAGAGUAUAUCAAUGAUGAAUGGGCCCGAGGAGAACGGAAUGGCAAGACGGGGAUUUUCCCACUUAAUUUUGUUGAAAUCAUUGAAGAUCUCUCUGAUCAGAUCACCAACAUGGCUGCAACUUCAAGUAAAAGAACUCCACAGAAUACAAGGAGUAAUGCUUCUGGUUCACAUUUACAGAAGGAUCAUUGUUCUGGUGAUUGGUGUGAAGCCCUCCAUGAUUUUACAGCAGAAACUAAUGAAGACUUGCCCUUUAAAAAGGGAGAUCGUAUCUUAAUCAUUGAGCAUCUGGACUCUGAUUGGUAUAGGGGCAGAUUGAACAACACUGAAGGAAUCUUCCCAGCAGUCUUUGUUCAGCCCUGUCUUGGUUCCAUAGCUGAGUCAAAAUUGAUACCUGCUUCAGGACAGAAGAAAGAAAAGGCCAAGGCUUUAUAUGAUUUCCAUGGAGAGAACGAAGAUGAGCUUUCCUUCAAGGCUGGUGAUAUAAUAACAGAGCUGGAAUCUGUAGAUGAAGACUGGAUGAGUGGAGAACGAGCAGGAAAAUCUGGAAUAUUUCCCAAAAACUACAUUCAGGUUCUACAAGCAUCCUAAGAAUGACCGGUGUUUGUGCAAUGGGAAGAAGCAUGUGACUCAGCCAGUACAAAAAUGUCCCUUGCCUUUUGGUAUCACUUGAACUAUUACUUUGACUAUCAAAUACAUGUUUUUGCACUAUUUUUUUUUUUUUUUUUACUGUAAGCAAAGUGUGUAACAUGGUACCCUAGAAUUUCCUGAAAGUGGAAAAGCUCUAGGUUUUGUUUUACAUUUUCAUUCAUGAUAGAAGCAUGUACAAGUUAAACACAUACACUGUGGAUAAUCUAAAAGAACCCAGGCAGAAUUAGCAGGGUCAUUUCUUUUUCAGCAGGGAAAAUUGAUGGAGUGGGAGGGUCUUUCAAGCAGACCAUUGCUUGUGUGUAUUUGGGGUGUUAAAAGUACAAGUGAAUUAACCUUGCUUAUUAAUUUUUUUCCUUUAAAAUGACAUUUAUGCUUUCUAUAUAUCUUAACUACCAUGAUAUGAUUGGUAACAAACUACAUUUUUUUGAUAUUCAAAUGUAAUUAUAACAGCUUGGGUACAUAUCCUUUAUUUUAAGGCAAUUCUCUGCUUUGUAUUGGGUAGGCUCCUGAAAAAUCUUCCCAGCACAGGAUGUAAUAAUGCCCUGUAAUGGCCACAUUCAAAGACUGCAGUCGCUAACAGGGAUUGGGAGGGAAGAAGGAAAGAAUAGUACAUUUUAAUCCUUGUAACUUUCUUGCCUUGUAAAACCUCCAAAACACCCUUGAAAUACGCCUCACUAAAGCUCCUAAUACUCACCUGCCAGCCAUAGUUCUUUCUUCUUCCUCAACAUAUGCUUUACUUUAUUAGGGCUAUCACCUAGCACAGCUCUGCAUCUGAGAACACUCCUGUGACAAUUACUGGUAUCCAGAGAAAAAUUCAUUUUCUUUGAAUUACCUCAGUAAUACAUAAGCUGUGGCUGCUUCUAUUGCUGCAAUAUGAAUCAUAUGCAAAAGUCUCAGACUGCAGAGCAACUGUCAAAACAGCAAGCAGAUACCCAGAGCAAAUUUCUUCAUAGGUGACGUAAGUCAGCCCUGUAGACAAUUUCACCGGGUACUUUUUUGUUUAUCUUUUCUCUGCUUAUCCUUGCAUGGAGAUUAAAAUAAGUAAAGCCACUGUCCUGCUGGCAGUCAUGAUGGAUUCCAGCCCCUGGUCAAAGCAGUUGAUUUAUACGACCAAAUCAAUUAUAAUUUAUGAGCCUGAACUAAGGAAGUUAAAGACAAUCUUCCAAACACAUUGGCAGAAGAGAAAUAUGUUUAAAAAUAUAAAAUUUUCCGAAUUAUGUUUGAAAGCUUGAAUUUGGGUGAAAAAAAAUUGUAUAUAAACCUCAUGCCCUGUGCCAAAUAACUCUCAGUCAGUAGUCUAUUAUGUGCCCAAUAUUGUAUGUACGAUAAUCCUUAACUUAGUAAUAGUUUAGAAAUCCAUUUGUUGUUUUAUCUUGUGUUGGCUCUCUCCAACAGGGUGAAUUAUUAAGAGUGGGAAUGGGAGCACAAGUGAAGAUUUAAGAGACCCAGAGUUAAGCAGCUAUAGGGACUGGAUCUGCUGGUUUUAUUUACCACUUUGCAUGUUUUUGCCAACAAAACCAUUUUUGCCUUGAAUUUUUCUUUCUUCUUAUUUUGAAAUUCAGAUCCUCUGUAAUUUGAUUGAAAGCCCAACUUUUGGAGUUGAAUCCCUUUUAAAAUGAGUUUUUAGAAGGGAAUAAACAAGAAAAUUUAAUAACUGUAAACUUAAUUGCCAUUUAUUAACCUUAGCUGAAAAAGCUUUCUGAAAGUCUCUUUGCUCAGAUAACAAUUUUUUUUUCUUUAAUCCAUGAAUACUUUGAAUUUAUAACUUUCAUGUUAGUUCACAAAGUGCCCUGGGAAACAUUGAAGCUGCCCAUAUUAUCAGAUUCUAGAUUCAGGGAUAGAGCUGCCAUACAUUGUCAUCCAUUAUAACCAUGGGAAGCCAAAAUGUGCCUUAAUGGAUUUUCACAUGUACUACCACCAUGGAAAGUGGCCUUUUAAUUUAAGGCAAAAUUCAUCUAGGUUCAAUGUGAUUGCUGUAGGAUGGAACCAGUAAUGUUUGCAGGCUUCCUCUCCAUGCUAAAACUGCAGAUCUUCUCAAGCAAUUGAAAGAUUUGGGAGAAAAUUUAGAAGAAAGCCUACUUCAUGAUACAUUAUGUUGCCAAUCCCUUCAAAAUUUCUAUUCUUUAAUGGAUAAGAAACAGUAUAAUCAAGAAAUGUCUUUAGGUUACCAAAUAUGAUAUCGUUUAUAGAGUUGAAUGUGAAGAUAAAAAGACUUCUACACACUGCUUGGCAUAUUAAGUCUUAUUGUAUUAAAGGGGAGUUUAAGAGAUAUUAAGGUUACUUUGUACAGUAGAACUUAUUUACUCUUUUAACUCCACGAUAUACUUUCCCUUCUAAGAAUUAAAGGCCACUAUAAAAGAUGUCCCAUUUUACAUGAGCCAGUGGGACAAGGUUAUGAUUAUUGUUCCCUUAUCAUUACUUUUGAAAAAGUCUUUCACUUGUGGAGGAAAAGGAAAUGAAUCUGAAAAAUCAGUAGUCGGUACAUUUGCCAAAAGUUUUGGCUAGAACAGGAUAUUUGAGAAUAGUGAAGAAAAACAAAACUCCCAAAAGGCACUAAAAGCCAGAGACAGCAGUGCUGUUAGUCAUGAUGGGCUUUAUUGACUUAAAAUUCUUUCUCAAGGUAAGAUGAACCAAUUUUAUGCAAAUGUUGCUGAAUAGAUCAAAUUUUGAAUAUGUUCACUUUGGUAAAUAUUAACACACUUGUGUCUUUUGUCAAAUCAACAGGUCCUACAUGAAUUACAUUGCAACACCAUUCUAAAUAAACACUAGUAUUCCAGCUAAGUAUGUCAAAACUUCUAAUGGGAAGUCAGAGAUCCUAAAGUCCUAUAUUUCCACUUGUAUUUGGAAAAAUGGGAAAGCCACCAGUUUAGUGCAAUAUUGCCAUCUAGAGACCACUGGGGAGAUUGCAUCAUCAUCAAGGCCUUUAAAGCAUCCUGAAAUUCUCCUUGAUGCCAAAUAACAAGUAGAAUUGAUUUAUUUUAUUGGGUUAUUAAGAUUGACAUUUUCUUUGCAACAUUUGUAAUCGACCAGAGUUUCAGAGGACUCUUCACAGACCUUGAAUUAUCUCAUUGAAGAAAGAAGACAAGUUCCAACUCAGGUUCUCAAUCCUAUUCCAGACCAUUUAUAUUAGUGUUUGCAGCUACCUAGAAAUCCAAAUGUCUAAUCUAAAUCUAAUGCAUUUAUUAUAACAUGGAUAGCUUUCCCUUAAGGGAUUAGGUUAUUUAGGUAUCUCGAAAAUUAUAGACAUCUGAAGAAUCCUCACAUAACCACAAAGCAUCACGUAGAACUUAUCUCCACACAAAAGAUAAAUGUUAAUUUUUUGCAAAUUCAUUGAUUAACUUGGGCAUUGUGGUAUCUGUGGAAGCUAAAUACGCAUUUAGCCAAUCAUCUGUCUGGAUCAUACAUUCUGGAUUUUUUAAAGAAUCCUACUUGGGGAGAAAACAUUUCUUAUACCUUUAUUUUCAAGUACUGCCCCUUAGGGAAUAAUCCUACCCCCAUACUAUUGGAAACUUCAUGUUUUGGAGCAACAUUCCAGUUAAAUUGAAUUUUAAUAAAGACAUUAGGCAGGAUUUCCAUUCUUUCCCUUUUGAGAAGCUUAUGAGCUCUAUUUCCUUUUGGCAAUAAAACAACAAACCUACAAAAACAGCAUAACAAGCCCUUUCUUUACUUUGGCUCCAUUAAUAAACCAAAACUACUGAUACCAAUAGCUUUCUAAUUUGCUAUUUUAAUUGAGCUAUAAUUUGAUAUUUAUAAAAUCACCCACAUAGUUGAGAUUUGUCCAUUCACCAUCCCACUUGUAGCUUUGUCAGUCCUGUGAAAAACCUCAAGCCAUCUUUGCCUUUGGUUCUAAAAUAAAAUGUCCAGUGGUCAGGGAUUUUAAGUGCAACAUUCAACUUGUUUCUGUCAAAGUAAAAUAAUCCUCUCACUAUCUUUGCUUCUUGUUAGGAUUAAUGAAUUUUAAUUCUAUCAAGGGGGGGUAAUUUUCUUUGGGGAGAAAUGGUGACCGUUUUUUGGCAAGAUUUAUUGUCUUUAAAUACAUCAUAGAUUUAGAGGACCCUCAAUAGAUUCAGUGACUUAACCAGAUAUAGACAAAUUGUGUUCUUUGUAACAUUACCUACCAUGUUUUAGUGAAAGAUAGUAGCAUGUAAAUUGACGAUAACCCAACAGUUAAAUUGAGAAACUGCAGAAAUAGAACUGGGAGAACAUUUCCUUCCACUUUCUCCCAUAGCUUUAAAUUCUUGAACAGUACUUUUAUCAUAAUUGCUUUACGAGAAAACUUUUCUCACACAAAAAAGAUUUUCCCAUUGUUAAUUUUGUCAGUUUAGCCUGCCCAUUUCCAACCAAUACAUGUUUUCCUUCUUGGCUUAAAGGAUUCAUGCCCUUUUCAUGUUUUCUAAUAUCAGGCUGGUUUCUUCUUCCAGAAAUUUGUUUGGCCUUAUAAUCAACAAGUACUAAGAAUCCUACACAGGGGAUUGUGUUAAUUCUAUUAUCCUUUGAUCUUUUUUAAGUUUUCCUCCAGUCCAGAAUUACUAACAACCCCAAAUUCUGAUUGGCCUUCGACAAUAGCAUUGUCAAACUCAAAUAGAAAUAGAUCCUUGUUCCAUUUUGCUUUAGAAAUGCACAGCAUUAUCAAGCAUUUCUCAAUUACAAUUUAAUCUGGAUUGGUGCCAGGCCUGUAAAUAUGUAUACUUCUCCCCGAGUACAAUCCAUGGGGUCAUUUGGACUUCAAGCAAGUCACUUAUUCUGGUUUGCCUUCGUUUCUUUGCUAAGAAAAGCACAAAAAAGCAUCACUAAACCUAGCCAAAUGAAAAAUGUUAAAAUUUUAAGGUUUUUCUGGAGACCAUUAUUUGCCUCUUCUGCUGCAAGAUAAAAUGUUGAAACCCUUAAAAAGCUGACAAAAAAGGCAAGGAAAGACUGAGGCACCAAUGGACUGUAAUCAUUUAACUGACACCUACACAAAACUUUUUGUCAUUAAAGUUGUGAGGAUUAAAAGGAUUUAGAAAUACUUUGUAAACAAUUUGAGAAUACCAAAGCUGGGAAUUUAGUUUCUGCUCGAACCCAGCCAAUUUGCCUUAUGAAGAAAUCUUUUAUAAGGUAUACCUUUAUUCCAUUGUUGACAAACCCAAGGUCAUAUCUUGUGUUGACAAUCCUCAUGGUUUUAUUACAAAUUUAUUUACAGAGCAAUUAUACAAUUUCAUUAAGGCAAUUAUAUUUUCCAAGCACCAAAUAGUACUGUCACUAUUUAUAAAACCUUAAAAAAAAAAAAAAAAAAAAAAAAAAAAA